GGAUGAAAAGAAAAACCAACCCCUCGUGUGUUUGAGUGUUAUUGUGUGUGUGUGUGUUUGGUAUCUAACAAAGUGUCAACCCCCUUACAAAAAAAGCUUCCCAGGAAGCUUCACACCUUCCUUCCUCCUUGGCUCGCUUUCUCACUUUUUUUUUCUUCUGUCUUUUUUUCUCAAAACCCAAUUUAAAGAGAAGGCCGAAGACCCACCAACCUCACUCACUGCCUCAGCUACUCAUCACUCUCACUGUCUUCCAUUCAGACUCACGGAGCACAAGCACUGGAGAAGAAGCAGUUGUGUUCUUCUCCCUAAUUUCUAGACGAUGGAGGACCAAAAUUGCCCGGCUUCUGUGAUGACUCGGAAGAGAAAAUCCCAAGAAGAAGAUAAUUGCAUUUCAAGCACCUUUUAUAUGGAUGAGCUUAAUGAAGACCUCCUGGAAAGGGUCCUCUCAAGGCUACCAACCUCUGCAUUCUUCCGCCUUACUUCGGUGUGCAAAAGAUGGAAAUCGGUUGCAUCUUCUCCUAGUUUCAAGCUUGCCUGCUCUCAGAUUCCUUCACGGGAUCCAUGGUUUUUCAUGGUCGAUCCCCUUCUCAAUCAAUCAAUAGUCUUUGACUCCACUGAAAGAAGCUGGAAAAAACUUAAUCAUCCACCUCUCCUCCAGAAAAACUCCAACUGCAAUUCCAUGCCUGUUUCAGCCUCUGGUGGCUUGAUCUGUUUCCGAAAUUCAUAUGGCAACUUCAUUGUGUGCAACCCCGUGACAGGGUCUUGCAACGAACACCCUCCGCUGGAUCCAUCACUACAAAAUCUCACCUUCCAUGCCAUUGUGAUGCAUUCAUGUCCCAAGUAUGAGCAGUCCUCUUACAAGCUUGUUGUUGUCUUUGGUGAACUUCCAAAGCUGUCAUUCAGAGUGUAUAACUCAGACACCGGUUCCUGGGAAGAAGAGACCGCCUUGUGUAAGAAGUUUGAUGAUGAUUCUGCAGAAUCUGAAUCAAGUGAGGACAAUGCUGCUGUUUACUUCCUUAGCAAGGCUGGGAAUGUAGUGGCAACCAACAUGCAACGAAGCCCAUCUAAGCAAUACUCAUCAGUGAUCACUACUAGUAAAGAUGGCGAGGAGAUAGUCCAUUUCCUAAGCUCAUCAGGGUCAGUUGUGGCUUGCAAUCUGGCCACCAAGUGCUUCUCUGAGUACCCCAGGCUUUUGCCCGUCUUCUUCGAGUACUCCAUUGAUUUAGUGGAGUGUGGAGGCAGGAUGUUAGUGAUUCUGCUGUCAGAAUUCUUCGAAAGCGCUAGCCUCAGGGUGUGGUGUUACGACGAGGAUGUUCGAUCUUGGCACCAAAUUGCAGCAAUGCCUCCAGCAAUGUCCCAUGAGUGGUAUGGCAAGAAUGUGGAUAUAAACUGUGUUGGGGCUGGUGACCAGAUACUGAUCUGCUUAAGCUCUGCUGAGAUUUCUAGCUGUGUUCUGUGUGACUUGGCUGCCAAUGAAUGGGUUGAAUUGCCCAAAUGUUUUAUGGAUGGUGAAGCCAUAAAGUUCAUGUCUGCCUUCUCAUUUGAGCCAAGGAUUGAAGCCUCUGUAUGAUUUCGACUUCAUGCCUGCCUUCGGAUUUUUUUCUUUUCUUUUUAUUUUCUUCUUAUUCUUUUAGCAUUUGUCUUACAUUCCAUUGUUCUGUAUGCGUUGUGUAGGCAAUUUAGCCAAAUGGAAAUUGGCAUGAUUUUAUUAUACAAUGAGAAGUGUUUUAGAUUGAUGGCUACUUGUAGCACACUUGAAUAGAAGACUUAC